UCCAGGCUUCGGCACAUCAUGGAGAAUGGAGCCUGCUCAGCUGCAGCGGCCCUCGGGAUCAUGUCGGAGUGUUUCCGGGACUCCUGAAGCUUGUUGACGGAAGUUACUGAGGCUCGGGCCGUCGUGGAUCUUUGGAAAUCAUGGAGAAAGUGUACGAGGUGGAGAGCUGCUACAACCCAACGGAGGUGUCCACCCCGAAAAAGAGGAAAAGCAAAGCUCAGGAAGACAAUGUUGAAAAAGCCAAGAAGCCCAGGUCUGCCUACCUGCUCUACUACUUUGAUGUUCACCAGCUUAUGCAACAGGAAGUACCUAAUCUGCCACAGUCGGAGAUCAACAAGCGAAUCAGCGAGAGCUGGAAAAGACUCAGUGUGGCUGAAAAAGCCUAUUACCUGGAGAAGGCCAAGUCUGAGAAGGAAGGGCUGGAUACAUCCUCACUCAGCUCCUCAAAAGACCUGCCAGGCUUCCGCAAGAUCCUCCCCAGAGCCAGCUACUUCCUCUUGUCCAAAGGCUGCUCCUCAAAUCAGCAGCUUGGAGGAUCUCAGUCAGAGGGGGAGUCUCUGGAACCUCCAGCUGAAGGAGGGUUGUCCUCUGUCUCCUUCACACAAGAGCCCCAGUUAACAACUCUAGGUCUGGCCGGUGAGGUGGAACUUUCUGAGCUGCCCAUCGCUGUUGAUAACAUAGCAGAGGAAACAGCAAGGGUGUUUUGCCCCACAGCCCAACAAGGAGUCCCACCUUCCUCUGUCUCAUCCAAAGCCCCUUCCUCGGCAGAAGCCCAGGGCUCCACUGACCUAACGGCAAAUGGGGUCACACUGAAAGGUAAUGAGACAAGAGCAGCCGGUAGUGGUUAUGGAUGGGCCAUGGUGCAACAAAUACAGGGGGAGAAUACGCAGGUGGUUGCCAUCUUACCCUCCCAGAAUCUACUGGAGCCCAAGGCGGGUGUCGGCUCUGUGAUGAUGGUCUCUGUAGGAGCCAAAGUGGAACAAAGUGACAAACCUUCAUAUAAAAUGUCUGUGAAGACCUACACCAGGAGAGGUCGAGGGAGGUGUCUGAAUUCCGGAUGUUCAUUUGUGUACGUCACCCGCCACAAGCCACCAACAUGCCCUGAAUGUGGGAGCAGCUUGGGUGGAAAAUGGAUACCUGCAGCAAAGAAGACACGAGAGAAAGAAGCAGCAUCAAAGCAGUCUCCCCAGAAAGCUGAAACCAAGUCUGUUGAAGGCUGUCAACCCACACAGCUCGCUGCUCAAGACGGGAAUGCUGACGUCAGUAAAACAAACACCGGUGGGGGCAAAAAAGAGGGAAGAGUUCACGGUUGCUCCAGAAAGCAGCGUGCAGUUCUCAGUGGAAAACCACCAGAGGGCAGCAGCACCAAAUCACAGGAACAACCGAAACAACUGGAUGACAGUCCAAAAGAUGCCAUAGUCCAAGUUCAAGACAGAAGCGCAGCCACUGUUCCUAAGAGGCCUGUGAGACCCAUCCUCCCUGCCUAUUACAGCACAGGACGAGCUUUGUUUCAGAUCCUAACUGUCCCACCUGAAAAGGGAAAAUGCCAGACUGCAAACAACAUCAAAUCCUCACCUGCUCCCAGAGAGAGUUUCUCAGGUCUCAAACCCAGCACUUUGAAGCAGCUCGGCCAGACGGUCCCCAAAACCACAGCCAAGCAGGAUUCUCCUGCCUCAGCAGAUGGAAGACAGCCGGUUUCCGCCCUCACUGACGGGAGAGUGAACAUUCUGUCAGUCGUGCCGUUCAAACAGCACACUGUCUCCAGCUUUGACCUGGGACUGUCCACGGCACGAGGCAGGGGGCGCUGUAAAAACCCCUCCUGUGACUACAUGUACAAGAACAGACACAAACCUACAACGUGCCCUAAAUGCGGCUGUGAGUUGACCCAGAAGAACACCAAGGGAGUAAAGUCUGGAACUCUUCUGGAUCCAUACCAGGUCCUGAAUCCUGCCCAGAGGGACAUUCAGAGGCAAAACACACUGCAGCUCCUGCGCCGUUCCCUGCAGAUUCCUGAAAGCGAGGCAGAGCUUCAGGAAACAUUAAACCUCAUCCAGGAGCUCAACAGCCUCCAGAUCAUCUUGGUUCAACCGUCUCACCAGGAACACGAAGACGGCGUCGGAACGGAGACACUGGUGGAGACUGGGUGGCCUCAGUUCUAUGAAUCAGCGGCUACUCACUGUGGCCUGUGUAACUACCCUCUGUUCAAAGGAGGUCAGAGUACUGUAGCUGGACAGGAGGACUGUUGGCUGCUGACUGAGACACUGAUUCAGACGGCUUCUCUCCAGCUGAAGGUGUGUCUGAACGUUCAGUGUCUGGCUCUGCACAGCUUCACUGACCUGCAUCCAGGUUUGUUCAACAUUGGGAACAAAGUCCUGGUGAGCAUCGACCUGUUCCUGAAGAUGAGGGCAAAUAUCAAACUGGGCCACGCCCCCUCUCAGGCAGCCAGGACUUUACUAGACAACUUCCCCAAUCACCCUGUCCAUGCACUGAGUCCAGAGGAGUCAUCUCAAAUCCAAGAGCUUCUCCUGAGCGGCUACUGGGCCUUUGAGUGUGUGACGGUGCGAGAUUACAACGACAUGAUCUGCGGCGUUUGUGGUGUGGCUCCCAAGCUGGAGAUCGCACAACGACAAACAAACAAUGUGCUGGAGCUCAAGAAUGUGGAGUUUACCUGGCCAGAGUACUCAGUCGCCGAUGAGGUGCACAUGGAUGACUUCUGGCUGACCAUGGAGAGCGAGGCUAUUGAGCAGGCGGCUUUUCCCACCGACAUCCCCAUCACACGUGUGGACGCCUCCAUCAUCGCCCCCUUCAUCCCCCCUCUGAUGAGGAGUUCUGCUGUCAUCAACACAGAGAAAGACAAGGCCUCGUCCCACACGCCAGAGCCCUCAGGAGAUCCAUCCGUUUUGGUGCGUCUCAUUCAUGACGGUCAGCUGCGACUCGACAAGAUUGAGGAGCACAACGAGGACGAGCUGAGAACAAUACUGAUUGGCUGCGGGGCGAGCGCCCCCCCAGACUCCACCAAGAAUGAGCUGCUGGCGUCUCUGGUCUCCUUGUACACACUUGUUCAUAGUGGUCUCUCCACCGCCCCCCAGCCACCUCCACACCUCACCGCUGGCAAGCUGUCGAAGGUCUGCCCCCACAAGGUGGUGUCCGGCUCUAAGUACUUGGUGAGAGGAGAGACGGCUCGAGAUCACGUCGACCUGCUGCUGUCCUCCCGCUACUGGCCCCCGGUCUACGUUAGUGACUGCGCCCGCCAGGUGGCGCUCUGUACAGACAUGCAGUAUCCAGAACUGGCAACACAGAUGUGGGGCAGGAACCAAGGCUGCUUCUGUGACCCCUUUGAAAAGCCAGAGUUUGUGUCCUGUGCUGAGCUACAGGAUCAGCCCUAUAGUGCUGACCUGUCCUCGGUCGCUGAGAACCAGCAGGUCCACCCCAUCACCAAGUCUUCUUCUUGCUGGCUGGUUCACCCUCCUGCAGCAGAGCAGCCCACAGAGCCUCCUUCUCCAGAGCACCACUCCAUGUCCCUCUGCAGAGACCUGGAACCCUAUGUCAGCCUGGUAGCUGAGCUGGACAAAGAGGAGGAGGAUGAAGAGAAGGAACGCACUGAGAAUUUGGACAGAGACACAAUAGAUAAAUCAGAGGACUGUUCCUCGACAAGCUGUGCGCGGUGGCCAUCUAUGGUUUUCAGCAACACAGCCUUCUACUACCUGUACAACCGUCUGGUAGAUUUCCUCACCAGCAGGGACAUCGUGAGCCAGCAGAUCAACCAGGUGGUGAAGGCCUGUCAGCCGGGGGAGGUGGUGAUCAGGGAUGCACUGUACCGACUGGGAGUGGCACAGAUCAACACGGAGAAAGAAGACGAAGGUGAAGAAGAAGGAUCUGGAACCGAAGCGCAGGCGCAAGAGGAAGGGACAGAGAAAUAUGAGGUUGUUCUCCUUGAAUAAAGAUGUUGAGGAUGUAUCAACAGAGCAGGCGGAGGGAUGGACUGAAUGUCAAGAUGGCUGCAUGUGAAAGAGUUGACAGUUUUAACUGAUGUGAGGAAUCAGGUAGAAUACAGAUAAACUGUGGAGUGACCAGUGGUGUUUGCUGUGAAGAUUAAUAGUGGAAACUGAAUGUACUAAAAAAGAAAUAGAUAAACAUAAAAACACUCUCAACUCACAGCAAGAAGGUUCCUGUUCCAAAUCCCGGCUGGGGUCUUUCUGUGUGGCGUUGGCAUGUUCUCCCAGUGACUCUGUGGGGUUUCUCCUGCUUCCUCCCACAGUCCAAACACACCCAGAUCAGAGAGAAUGAGUGGUUGUGUGGCUGUGUGUGUUGACGACCUGUUCAGGCUGUACCCUGCCUCUCGCCCAAUGUCAGCUGGGAUUGUCAGCUCCCCCCACGACCCUCAAAGUAUUAACAGUUCUAUAAAUGGAGGGACACUCAAAGGACAGUGAGACGCAUGUUUCUGGAUUCAUCAGCAGGAUGGUACCCAGGGUUAAAUUAAGUGAAGUGUAUUCAAAGGUUAUUUAAGUUUAAGUCCUGAAUCAAUGCUUUUCUGUGACUGAGGAUUUAAAGAGGAUUUUAAUUUAAAGUUGAGUCUAAAUGUAAAUAUUUAAUCAGGAGCAGUGUGUUGUAUUUAAUUUAAUAUAAUUGUCCAGAGACAUUUCUGCUUUGUGCUUCACACUCUGACCUCUCACCUGCCACUUGUUGCCUUUGGGAGCGAUGUUUGCGUUUUAAAGGUUUGAAUAAACGUGUGUAUCUGUUUA